AUGGCUAUUAAUACUCUAAGAGGAGUCAACCACUCAAAGCACCGGUGCCUCCAAAAUAAGAGGUAUUUAGGAUAUUAUAGAGGGACCACGGAUGCGAAAAAUAGUCUAUGGCUAUGGGCUGUGGGGGUGCUUCAUCUCAAAGUCUUUGGUGUCUUUGCAUUGGUGAGCAUGGCAAAGCCUGGCUGCGAGGAGAGAUGUGGAGACAGAGAAAUUCCAUACCCUUUCGGGAUGGGCCACGAGGGUUGCUUCAUGGAGGCCUUCGACAUAACCUGCAAUCGCUCCUUCAUACCACCAAAGCCCUUCAUUGGAAAGGGAAACCUCCAAGUACUCAACAUCUCGCUCGUGAAGGCUGAGGAGGUCCGAGUAAACACCACUCAGACACUUGCCUACAGUUGUACUAAUGGAAACAACAAUGGCGCCUAUGUGAAACUCAGGGGAAACGGACCUUACACUAUUUCAAAUAAGACUGUGUUCACAACCAUCGGAUGCGACGCUGUGGGGUACGUUAAAGACAGUGAGCUUCACAAGCGGGUGUGUGUCACUGUGUGCGAACCACAGCACCGUGGUGAACGGGUUAUGUGCUGGAAUCGGGUGCUGCCAAACAACGUUGCCCAAAACGCGGAGUACUACGAUUCUGAGAGGGGCUUCGGGUAUCUGUGUCCUUGCAUCAGGGGCCAUGAGGGGAACCCAUACCUGAAUGGAGGAUGCCAAGGCGUGGGCAUGUGUGUUGGGUUUCUACUUGCUUUUGGUGUUAGUACCUGUCUAUUCAUCAAGAAGACAGAACUUAAAAUGGCUACCAACAACUACAGUGAAUCGAACAUCUUAGGUGCCGAAGGCUUCGGCACUGUGUACAAGAAAGGAACCCUGGUCGAUGGCACAAUGGUGGCCAUUAAGAACCCUAAAAUGGUGGAUCAGAGAUUGAUUGAUCAAUAUAUAAAUGAGGUAUUCAUACUCUCUCAAAUCAAUCACAAGAAUAUAGUGAAGCUCUUGGGAUGUUCCUUGGAGACCCCUGUGCUGUAUGAAUAUAUACCCAUUGGCACACUUAGCAAGAACAUCCAUAGGAGUGACUUUGGAAGUCGAAUCACUUGGCCAAAUCGCCUAAGAUUAGCCAUAGAAACUGCAGAAGCCCUUGCUUACCUGCACUCUUAUGCUUCCUUUCCAAUCUUCCACAGUGUGAAAUCAGAUAACAUUCUUUUGGACCAUAAGUACGGCGAUUUUUGGAUUUCACGGCUUGUUCCAAUGGAUAUAACCCAAAUAUCAACAUUGGUACAAGGAACUUUGGGCUAUUUAGACCCAGAAUUCAUUCAAACAGGAUUGUUUAAGGCCGGGAGCGAUGUGUACAGCUUUGGGGUCGUCAUGCUUGAGCUUUUAACUGGGGAGCAGCCCUUCUCCAAGGAGAGAUCUCAAUGCAAUGCUUAUCUUUCGAAUCGCUUCCUAUCAUCUAUAAAAAAUCGCCAAUUUGAGGAGAUUUUGGAGGUGAAUGUGCUGAGUGAGGGAAGCAUCCACCAACUGCAAGGUGUUGCUCAAGUAGCCAUUAAAUGCCUGAAAUUGAGUGAUGACGAAAGGCCUACAAUGACGGAAGUAGUGCAAGAGCUGUCGUGGAUUAAAGGGUCUACAAGCCAUGCGUGGGUGCAACAAAAUGAGGAAGAAACUUAGAGUUUACCAGGACUGAGAGUUUACCAGGAAACAACCCCUCCCUACAUCGUCAUUAGAUGUGAAAUUGUGUGGUUGGAGGUGUGCCAUGUACUGUACUCAAAGUACAGGAAAAUUUUUUGUAGACAGUGUGGAGAAAUGAUAGUAUUCCCUACUAUUCUUCCUCUCAGCCACUCUGCUACCCCAUUUGUUUCUCUCUCUAGACUGUUCUUCCUCAUUUGUUUCUCUCUCUAGACUGUUCUUCCUCUCAGCCACUCUGCUACCCCAUUUCCACCAUCCUUCACCCCCAUUUCCGCCACCUCACUACUCCCUCUCUCACUCCCCUUCCCUGAUCUCCGCCUCUCUCACUUCUCUCUCCCUGCUCUCUGCCCCUCAGCCAUUCCCUUCAGUCUUCUCUGCCAACUGUCGCACCCUUCUCACCACCCGAAUCAGGCAGGAACAUGGCUGCCGCGUCCUCCAACCCACCACCAGCUGCCAUCGUCCUCACCUCACUGCCCUUCUCUUUGCAGCCUCCCAUUUUCUCUCUCUAAAAACCCCCUCACUGCCCUUCUCUAGAAAAAUUUUAUUGCA